UUAAAGGAUUUUAUUUUCAUCUGCAGUCACAUGACGACUUAAUACCCAAUGACACUAACUACAGUGUCUCAUUAAGAGGUCAUGCAAACUCCCAAGCUAAACAAGGCAUUCUUACAUAUUUAACAUUCAAAUGCAGGAGCCAAGCUAAGCCAUGGAAGAUUGGAAUCAGAAAAAAGCAGCACUUCCUGAUCAGGACAAAAGCUACAGGUUCUUUGAACAGGAGGCAGAUUGCUAACAUUCUGGGUUGAAAUCUGGAGGUUAUUUUGGAAUGUGAAAACUCCUUGCUGCUUGGGUCCAUGACAACCACAUAGAUGCUACUCACUUAUUUGAACAAUCUGCACCAAUAUGGAUCAAGACAUUUAAGGCAAACCUUUCAAGCAGUCGAUGGAGUACAGUCUGAAAGAUUAAAGAAAAUCCAGAUGGGGUGCAGGUGCUGCAAAAUGAUACAAAGCUACAUUUUUGAUCCAGAAGAAUUACAACCACCUGGGUGCACUCAUGAAGGAAACAGCUAUAAACAAGAUGAGCAAAAAGGCAAUAAAUCUAAAUUCAAGCAGAACUGUGAAAUUAAAGAACAGAAAAAAGAACUCCAGAAGGAUGAGCUAAAUACAACAGGAAAUAAAAAUCAGGUAAAUAGCACAGGGGAGACCCUCUGGAACCACAGAGGUAAUGCUUUCCAAGAUGAUAGCCCCGUGAAGUGUGUUGCAAAGCUUGAUGUUGCAGUCAAUGGUGGCAACUCCCAUGCUGGUGUGCACCCCAUCCUCAGCCCCAGCACAAACUCAGUGAAGGAAGCCAGUGAACAGGGCACCUCCAGCCAGUCGGCAGAGCCUUCUUCGGUCAACACUGGAGACUCCCACUCCAAAACAAAUGAGCGUGGCCAAGAGUUUGACAUAGGAGCAGGCAGUCACAGGAAGGCAGACUGCAGUCAGAUGAACAGUAUUCGCAGUGGGAAGUCCCAGUCUACAGGAGAUAGCAACUUUCUCAAAGGAAGUGCAAUAUUGGAGACACAAAAUAUUGAUGCCAUAGAACUGCCAGAUAAAGAUUAUUGCCAAAAUGACAACCAAAUCAGGAACCAUGUUGAAAAAGAUAGCAUUUCAGUCAACUAUGCACAUUCAGACCAAAUGCCUAAGCAUUCAGCAAUGCAGGGCCAAGACCUUCAUGUAAUCCCACCUUUGCAUAUGAAGGGAAGAAGUAUUGAGCUUUUUAACACUGACUCUGCAGGCUCAAAUGAGGAUAUUCCCAAUAGCAUUGCUGCCACGGCUGUGCCCACAGCAGCACAGGCACCCACACAUCACAGCCACAAAGACAUCAAUGGACAAAUUGAGGAGGAAGAUGCAGAAGUAGCAGCAGCUCUGGCUGCACUGGAAGCUGCAACUGCAGGCGAAGACCUGGAAGAGGAUAAUGAAUACUAGAUGAGGGUCUCUUUCUGAUACACUGGGUGAGAUCCAGAUAUUUUUUUUCCUGGAUCUACAUGAAUGCAUGUGCUGUUUAUGUGGACAGCUGUUACAAACCGCAUAUAUAAAAAGAGUUGGGACUAAAUCUCUGUCCCUUCAACUGUUUUAUACAGCCUUCUAAUUUCUACUGCCUGAGGCACAUACAUUCUUCUGUACAGGACCAACCAGGAAGGCAAAGCAUCAUUCCUUACACACAGGAUAUUCUGCUGUAUAUCCAUCUCAUCUGGUCUCAUACAAACGUUUCCUUCAGUUUUGACCCUCAGGAGGGUCUGUGCACACUGCAUGUUCCAGGUUCAGAAAAUUUCCAUUAUUUAAAACUGAACUAUAGAAGCCAUGGAGUUAGAAAUCACAGAUUUUCAUGUUAGCACAAACAAAUAAAACUGACCCACAGCUCUAUAAUGCAGUGUGAAAGGAGGAAAGCAGGUUGGCUCACGCUUUAGUUUGUGUGCAGCUAGGGUUAGGAUGAUAACUCCACCUUUUCUGUUAUACCUCCCCUGGACUUGAUCUGAUACCCCAGUGAUCUGCUUUAGAUCAUUAAAACAGCAGAAGCCUAGCCAAAGUCAAGAGUGAGAAAGUCAGGUGGUUUAAUGAGCAUAAGAGCUGAGCACACAGUAACAGAAGUGCUGAAGAGGGAUCAAAAUUAAUUUCUACUAGAUAGAUUAAAACCAUCUUGAAACCACAGCCUGAGGCCUCUGAACUCUGAUAAAUUUGCCAAGCACACAUCACUUGCCUUAACAAGACAGUCUGUGAACAGGUUGUGUCUUCAAGCUCCCCAGCAAGAUGUGGUCCUUAUACACAACCACUGAGAGCCUGUAAGGUCAGUCUCUGACUUGACUGCAGCCCCUAAGCUUACAGCAGGAAAGAUUGAGCUUACAAGCUGAAUUAAGCAUAAGACCCCAGAACAUCAGAACUGCAUUCCUGGUAUGUUUACCAUUUCUCUGAUCUUCAGACUAUUAAGUUACUUUUGUUGGAUUCCUUGUGGAAAUCAAAGGAGUUAGAGACCAACUUGGUGCUGUUGUUUCAUCAAAAGGUGGAUAUUAAUGGUUGUUAUAGGAAAUGCUUGACAUUUUGUACUGAAACGUUGCAGUUUCUGAGCCUGUUAAGCGCUCAAUAAAUUUUUUUAAACUUAUGAAAAAUUAUCUAGUUGUUUCUGUACUUCGUAUAAUUCUGAUUAUACAACAGUUACUUCAAAUAAAAGGUAAAUCCUUCAUUAAAUACAUAACAAGCAUCAACUAUAUAUUUGCCAACAGUAUAUGCCGAAUGCUAGAACCUUUAACAGACGUGAAGACCAGAAUAAGAGGUGGGUUUUAAGUAAUGUAUAAAUAUUUACUGAAUUUGUUUAAAUGCACAUUCCCUCUUUUUAUCCAAAUACUGCAAGAUUAAAUCAGUUUAUCCAUUUCUCUAAGCUAGGGACUUCCAGCAUAAAUCAAAGUCAUUUCUUGUCUGUCUCUCUGAGAAGUAAAAUACAGCAGAUAAGAGUACACUGUUUCCAAAGGACUUUCAAACCAAGGCAGCUCCCAGGUGCACUUAACCAGGUACCUCUGCUGAGGCAAUGCCCUUGACCACUGGGCACUAGCCUUGCAACCUCUGCAAGGACCGGGUGGGCCGUACAUGCUUCUUGUGGGUCA